AUGUCUCCUUCGGCAAUUCUUUCUGGCUCUGUAGGGACUGAUGUACCUACGCGGAUAGCUCAGUCAGCAGAAACUUCAGUGGCUAGUGAGACUGUUGGACCAAGCGGCACUACGGCCCCCACAGACCCAGACGAUGGUGGUUCGUCACUCAGCACUUUCAGGGUCUGGCCUUACUGGGAGAUCUCAGAGUCAGUCGUGGGCAACCACGUACCUCUAAUCGUAGGAAGGGGUUUCAUGUUGAUAGUUGGAGCCUUCUACAACCAGUUAAUUGUCCACGACCCCGUGAGACAGAUGACAGGCGAAGGGAUCCCAGGGCCAGCCUUGACCGGUACUUCGUUCGGUGCGAGCCAACUUGGCGUCAUCGUUGCCCAGAUAGGUACAGCAGUUUCAGCCGGUGGCACCUUUCUGGAUACCAGUUACUGCGACCUGGCCGGAGGCGCUGGCGAUACAAAUGUUUGUCCCCCAAGGCUCAGAAGCAAUCCCUGGAUAUUUGACAUCAUCAUAACUGUUCUGAUUAUACAAGCAGCCAUUAUUGCCUACUCAUUGGCCAAAUGGUUCCAGAAGCCUGGAGGAUUGUCGGCCGACCCGACCACAAUCGCUGGUGUUGCAGCCGUCAUGGGUCACCCCGAGGUCGAGAGGCUGUUUGCAUCUUUUCCAGGGGAUAUGUCGAACCAGCAGCUCCAAGCAGCACUCAAAGACCAGCGGUUCAAGCUUGGAACAUACACAAAUGAUGUUGGGACUGUGAGAUACGGUAUUGUACCUGUGUCAUUGCAGGAACAAGAGGAAGCGCGCAAAAAACAGGGCUUCUUUGGCAGGAUUUCGGACGGUAUCAACAAGGGAAAACAGAGAAUUGGUUUCCUCACAAACUGGAAGCUGAAUCAACUCUUCGUCGACCUCAUGUUUGGGGCGCUCCUGCUUGCUCUUCUCGGGCUCUCCCUGGCUGCCCUCGCCAACAUCGACCGUCCUCACUCCGUGUUCCGUGGGUCCUUUAGUAUCAGCGCAACGGGGACGAAGGUCCUAUUUGCAGUUCUCGGCAUAAUCAUCUCUUCCUAUUGGGGAAGAUUAUUCCAAGACGCACAAACUUUCACCCCUUACCAUCCGCUUUACUCCAGCCCAGCUCUCCCUAACCCAACCAUCCUCCUAAGCCGCCACACCAGCCCGAUAUGCGCCUUUAUUCCCCUCUUGCGGAGAGGACACCUUGUUGCAGCAAGCGUCGCCUUCACAGGCUUUAUCAGCGAGUUUCUUAUCGUCGCCCUCGCCGGACUGCCUUACCGCCCGGGGCAGCAACUCCGAUCCGAGUUCCUAUUUUGCGCCCUGGUAAGCUCGGCUAUCUUAGCGCUUAUGCUCGCGCAGCUGGUGCUGGUGAUACUGUGGAGGCGGGGCUUACCGCACCUCCCCAGACGACCGGACACGAUUGCCGCGGUGAUGACUCUUACAACCUCAUCCUCUUCCAACCUCGACCAAGUGCACUCUCUCGAGAUGAAUCCCUCAGUUACAAGAGCGCUGCGUGUGGUGGCGCGCCAGCGUUUCCCUUCCGCCACGCCCCUUUCGAAGGCCUCAAGCUACCAACCCCUCAGCAGAGUCGCCGCGAUCAGGGCAAUCAACACUUCAUAUCCCAGGAAUGAGCAGACAAAAUCACGAAACCCGUCGCCACGAGAACACCCAACACACGAGCCCAAGCCACGAAUAGACGAAAAUAUCGGCGCAAAAAGAUUUGGCGACUUUAACGUGGCCGGCAAAGUCUUUAUCGUGACUGGAGGCGCUCAGGGGCUGGGGCUGACCAUGGCCGAGGCGCUUGUUGAAGCCGGCGGGAAAGUCUACGCACUCGACCGAGCCGAGCGACCCAGCGAGCAAUGGGCCGAGGCGCAGAGCCGUAUCGUUCCGGAGUGGGGGGGCAGCCUGCACUACCGGCGGCAGGACGUAUCCGACACAAAACACCUAAACGAGCUGGUCGAGGCCAUCGCGGGGGAGCACGGGCGGCUGGACGGGCUGGUGGCGGCGGCGGGGGUGCAGCAGGUGACCCCCGCGCUCGAGUAUUCGCCCGAGGACGUGGCGCGCAUGCUGGACAUCAACUACACGGGAGUGUUUAUGACGGCGCAGGCGGCGGCGCGGCAAAUGUUCAAGUACAAGACCAGGGGCAGCAUCUGCCUCAUUGCGAGCAUGUCCGGGCUCAUCGCCAACAAGGGCUUGCUGUCGCCCGUUUACAACUCGAGCAAGGCUGCUGUGAUCCAGUUAGCCCGCAACCUCGCCAUGGAGUGGUCGCCCAUCAGGGAGGAUGGGUCCGGUGGGAUUAGAGUCAACUGCAUCAGCCCGGGCCACAUCCUGACGCCCAUGGUGCGCAAGAACUUUGAGGAGGUGCCUAGCCUGCGCGAGACGUGGGAGGCGGAGAAUAUGAUGGGCAGGCUGGCAGAGACAACCGAGUUCAAGGGCGCCGUGCUAUUCCUGCUGAGCUCGGCGAGUAGUUUUAUGACGGGGAGUAAUCUGGUUAUUGAUGGGGGGCAUACGGCAUGGUAA